GCGUCGACUGUAAACUCAGUGCUGCUGCUGCGUAGGAAACAAACACCAAACACCACUUCACCCAGAGAGCUCGGAGGUGUCUCUUACAUAAACAAAGGCUUAAUAUAAAACAUUAAAAAAAUGCACUCAGCCACGCUGGACAGCAGUGGUUCUCCAAAGAAGCGGACGUUUUCUCGGGGACUGAGCGAGGACGAGUCUCUGCGCAGCAUUAUACAAGAGACUGAGAGUUCAUCCAGGCGUCUGGCACGGAGCGACAGCCGAGCAGGCACCCUGAAGAAGAGGAGCGACAGUCAGCAGUCUGACCAGGAUCUCUUCAUGGGCCUCCCAGAAAUGCUGGAGCUGCAGGCCAGCUAUGAUGAGGUGGUGCAGGAGCUGCGUGGGCUGGAGGUCGAGCGAGAGGCUCUGUUGUUCCAGGUGGAUGUCCUGCAGGACACGCUGGAGGGUGUGGAGGAGCUGCUGGCGGAGGCCCAGAGGGAAGCUGGCCAGGCUAGUUUGGAGUUGGAACGAGAGAGGGAGGCCAAGAGGAAGCUGGAGAGCAUGGUCUGCUCUCUAAUGCAAGAGGUGGAGCGAUUAAAAGAGGAAAGGAACAAACCAUCUGCUCUUGUGAGCACACAUGGAAGUGAAGACGAAGCAAUGACACGAGGACACCAAAUGAAAAACGAUGCCAACGAGCAGAGUCAAGCUGCCCACAGAGAAGACAAAGACUUGUCCCUGUGUGAACCUCACAGCGGGGAAAGCAGAGAUAGAGCAUCUGAGGAGGUGGGACAGGGUGAAGGGGCUGAGGAUCAAGGAAGAAACCUGAUGAAGCAGCGGAGGAUGGUCCAUAAGCCCCUGGGCUGCAUGCCCUCUCUUGCACUGGACAACCCGGUCUCUGAAGACGGGGUCCUCAGGAGGCCUUACGAAAACGGCAUUGAUGACGCACGAGAUCCUUCACCGGACAGGAACGACUCAGACAACAUAAGUGCCUAUGAGGAUGCAUCCGCCGAGACUCCAGAGCAGGAAAGGAUCUUUCUAGGUGCUGGAGACACUUUGGAGCUGCCUUAUGAUUCAGAGUGUAAAGAGAAAAGUCCAACUGCCAACUGUCAGGUCAACAACAGCGAGACCCAUGACCCCAAAAGCCCUGAUAGCUGCAUUGUGUCUUAACUGUUUUAUCUAUUACUGGGGAAGAGGACAAAGAUUCUUACUGAUCAUUCGCUCUUUGAUUUGCAGUUUACCUAAAUCUGAUCUUUAUGUUCUUAGAAAACUCUUGAGGAUCUCGACAACGCUCAGAGUUGCUGUAAUUAGAGCUCCAACAGUAAAUGAAUUGCUUUAAAAUGCCAAAAACGUGCUGGUUUCGGCCUCUUAAACGUGAGGAUUUGUUGCUUUACUUUGUGAGUUAUGAUAGUCGAAGAAAUAGCUUUGGGAUUUGGAGUACCGGUGGGACAAAAACAAGAAAUUUGAAGACAUCGCUUUUUGCUGUGAAAAAUUAUGAUGGUCAUUUUUAAUUAUCUUUGGCCAUUUUUAAAAAAAACAUUACCAGUCGAUUAUUCAAGAAAAUAAUCUGCAGAUAAAUUGAUAAUGAAAAUAGUCUUUCGUUGCAGCCCUAGCUGUAAUACACUGUAGUAGAAAUGUAAGAUUCAGUUUUUCGCAACUAAGCAACUCAGGAUCCAGGUGGUUUACUGCUUGGAAGUCCACAAAUGACUACUUAAUAUUAUUUGCCAAUUAUUUCUUUUUAAUGUCUUAACUUUUCUGUGUUUUAAAAAAAAAAAAAAUCUGUGGAUAGACAUGGAAAAUACUCCAUGUUGCUUUGAGUGUUUAUCUCUUUAGUAAUCUUUAAA